CAACUGUUACAGCCAGCAAAGCUACAAUACGACAGAAGGAGUAGUAGCAUCUGUGAAGGCUGGAGGGGAAUUAAAUGUAGAUUUGACAAGAAUUUCACUAGAAUCAACGGUGUUAGGGGUGCAGACAUGGACGUAGUUCUAUACGUGACCGCUGCUGCUCUGCUCUCUGUGCUCAUUGUAUUUGUCCUCAGGGUGCGGAGAAAAACACAAGAGGCUGACGAAGAGCAGCAGCGUGAUGUUGUACGGGCAGCUGGACCUCCACAGUCGGUGGCUGAGGAGCGAGGAGCAGGUAUGCCUCGCCGGCGGAGGAACCUCGCUGCAGUGAUGGCCAACAGACGACAGCAGAGAGAAGUCGUGGAGCAGGCAGAAGAAGAAGAAGAAGAAGAAGAGGAUGUUGUUGAGGAAGAUGAGCUGCAGCUGCAGAUGCCAGUGAAGAUUGGAGUAAAAAAGCAAAGGAAGCUGGAGGAGAAACAGGCCAAAAAAGCUCAGAGAGAGGCAGAAAUGGAGGAGCGGGAGGAGAGGAAAAGGAUGCAGGAGCUCAGGGAGCAGGAAAGACGACAGGAAGAAGAGAAGGAGCGGCUGAUGGAACAGAAACAGGAGGAGGAGGAACGCCGAGCCAAGGAGGAGCAGGAGCGGAGGGAGGAGGAGGAGUACUUAAAACUUAAAGCAUCUUUUGUUGUGGAGGACCAGGGAGAGGAGGAGCAACUCUCUGAGGACCAGUCACGCAACCUCCUUCAGGAAUUCAUCCAGUACAUUGAGAGCUCUAAGGUAGUUCUCCUUGAAGACCUGGCAUCUCAGUUUGGGAUGAGGACCCAGGACGCAAUCACCAGACUUCAGGACCUGUUGGCUGAAGGUUCCCUUACAGGAGUGAUCGAUGACAGAGGCAAGUUUAUCUCCAUCACUCCAGAGGAGCUGGACUCAGUGGCUCAGUUCAUUAGAAGAAGAGGCAGAGUGUCCAUCACAGAGCUGGCUCAGGCCAGCAAUACUCUCAUCAACCUGGUACCUGAGAACCGCAGCGCCGCCUAAUGGACAGACAGCGUACUACAGCUUCAACAGAAUGAUGUGAGAGAUCAAGCUUCGCUAAAUGCUUCAUGAACCAUACUGUCAGCUAAUAGUUGACACAUGGCAACUUAAAUCAGUGGUGAUGUUUUCAUGUAAAUCAGAUUUUACACAGCUCAUGUCUAAAUAUAAAUUAUAAUGAAUUAAUCAAUUUAUAAUUGAUAUAAAUUAUUUAACAAAGCAUAAACUCCUGUUUGUCAUUCAUGGUUUUGUUUCAUCUUCUUCAGGUUUAUAUAGUUGUAUGCAUUGUUCACUGCAUGAUGUCCUUUUAUUAAAUGUUUCCAGAAAA